AUGGGACCUAUUGACAUUUUAAAUUUUUUGAAACGCUUGAAUUGUUUUCCCAAUGCAACUAUUGCAUAUAGAAUUUUAUUGACCAUCCCAGUAACCGUUGCAUCGGCGGAGAGAAGUUUUUCUAAACUAAAGUUGUUGAAGUCCUAUUUGCGUUCUACAAUGACACAAGAAAGACUUAGUGAACUGGCUUUGAUAGCAAUUGAAAACGACAUCUUGGAGAAUGUAUCUUAG